CCGGAUUGGCCUUCUGGCUGCUCAGCUUGUUCAACUUGUCCUUAUCUUUGGGCGCUGCUUCACGGACUCCGGUUACUGGGGGUCUUCCAGUAGCCUGGCUCGGCCUAAUCAAGCCUCCGGGAGUCUGAGUCAUCCUUGGUGUGGCUGAUCGGUUUGGGUCCGAGUUCGCCGCCUCGUCGAUCGAUCAUGAAUAGCCGUUUUUCCCUGGCGGUUUUGCCGCGGACCGAGCGAGGCCGACCUUUGGUCUUGUCGGCCUCGCCGGACGGCAACAAGAUCGUCUAUUGCCAUGGGCAUUCUGUCAUCAUCCGGGAAGUGGAUUCCCCGCAAUAUGCCGACAUUUACACGCAACACGCCUGCGAUGUUAAUGUGGCCAAGUACUCGCCCAGUGGAUUCUACAUCGCUUCGGCCGACAAGUCCGGCAAAGUGCGAAUCUGGGACACGGUCAAUGCCGAGCAUAUCCUCAAGAACGAAUUCCAACCUCUGUCCGGACCCAUCUACGAUUUGGCUUGGUCCGGCGACAAUCAAAGGAUGGUGGUGGUGGGCCAAGGCCGCGAGAAGUUCGGGCAUGUGUUUCUGACCGAUACCGGCACCAGUAAUGGUGACAUCUCCGGCCAAUCGCGACCCAUCAACUCGUGCGACUUCAAAUCCACCCGUCCGUUCCGCAUCAUCACCGGAUCGGAGGAUAAUACGGCGGCCGUUUAUGAAGGACCUCCGUUCAAAUUUUCCGGGUCUAAAACGGAACACACCCGGUACUGUCAAGUGGUGAGAUACUCGAAGAACGGCCAUCAUUGGGCAUCGGCCGGUUUCGACGGCCACGUUUACUUGUACGAUGGGAAGGAUUCCUCGCCUUUGGGUACCGUAGUGGAUGGCAAGGCUGCACACGAAGGUGGCAUCUACGGAUUGGACUGGAAUCCCGAAAGCACUCAGUUCGUAACCGCCUCCGGUGAUAAAAAAUGCAAGAUCUGGGACCUGGAGACCAAGCAAGUGGUGGCCACCUACGAUAUGGGUGACGACGUGGCCAGCCAGCAACUUGGCUGUAUCUGGGUGAAUGGGACCAUCAUCAGUGUGUCUUUGUCCGGGAACUUAAACUACUUGGACCCGCGUUCCCCACCUAAACCCAGAAUGAUCGUCGAAGGCCACAACAAACCGAUCACCGCCUUCGCUCAAAAACCGGAUCAACCCAGCCGUGUGUUUACCGGCAGUUCCGAUGGACGAGUCAUACAGUGGGAUACCGAACAAGGAUUGGGCAAAGAGAUCAAGAACAACCGAACUUGUCAAGUCAAUGCCUUGGCUUGGCAGAGCCCCUCGCUUUACGCUGCCACCAUGGAUGAUGUCUUGUCGGGCAUGACCUUUGAGGAUAGCAAAGUGACCAUUACCCCCGAAAUGAGACUCGAAGAAUUCAAGUACUCCGUGUCCGAAAGCAAAUUGCCCGCCCAGGCCAGAGGUAUGGCGGAAUUAGGCUCGAGUCAAGUGUUGGUCCUAAUCCAAAAUGCUUUGCUCAUCUUUGAAAACGGCAACAUCGUCAAAGAGGAAAAGCUCCCUUAUGAAGCCAGUUGCUUGGCUGCUUCUGAGAAGCACAACCAGGUUAUUAUUGGUGAAGCUGCCCCGGGCCAAAACAUCUACGUGUAUAAUCUUAAGAAUACCGCCGAGAGCAUCCACACCGUGGCCUUGUCAGGGUCCCCGACCUCGAUUGCUUUCUCUCCCUGUCAAUCCUCGUUUGUGACCACGGAUUCCAAUCGAAAAGUGACCUUGUUCAAGGCUGGCUCGUUCGACAAGGCCCAUACCAAAGAUUGGGGCUUUCAUACGGCCAAGGUUCUUUGUGCGGCUUUUUCGCCCAAUGGUCACUACGUGGCCAGUGGUGGCUUGGAUUGCUCCAUCAUCUUAUGGAGCGUUGACGAACCCAGCAAGCAUCACAUUCUUUUGGCGGCCCAUACUCAAAGUCCGAUUACCCGUAUCGCUUGGUUGGAUGAUUCUUCGGUUUUGUCCACGGGCCAAGAUGGAAAUGUCAAGAUUUGGAACGCUUCCUGGAAGAAGUAAAACUGAAGGGAAGUUCCCAUCCUUCGAACAGAACCAAGCUUAGAUUUCUUUUAAUUUAUUGCCAUGACUAUUUUGGAAUAUGCUGCUUUUGGAUGUGACCUAUUUAUGGAUAUAAACCAUUUCUACUUAUUUAUCAUA